CGACAGGGGCGAUUCCUACGAACCCCACAUGCUGAUCUCGGGGUAUAAGCUGUGGGAGAUAAAACAUUGGGAGGGGCCUCAGGUUUUCCGAAAGUUUUGAUUCUUCAAAUUUUGAUACAUUCAUAAUCGUUGUACGUCGUGAUCUCGAGCGAUUGGUCGCAGAACAUCGUCACAAUGGUCACCAAAUCAGCACUCCUGCCAGCCUCACUCCUCGCGCUGUCAGCUUUAUGCUCCGCAUCCACAUCCACAUCCUCGUCAUCACCACCACAACAACCACAACAAAACUACACAUGUCCCGAACAUCUCUACAACGUCCAAAUCUUCUCUGAAGAUCCACUCAUAAUCUACAUCCCAUCAUUCAUCACAGCGGAGGAGGCAGAGCACCUACAAUCGAUAUCCGACGGGCGCUUCUCCGCCUCCCAGGUCGCCGACAGCAGCGGCCAGCAACAGCUCGCGAAGACGCGGAACUCGCAAUCGACGUCCUUAGAGUCCGACCGCGUCGUCCGCUGCAUCGAGGAGCGCGCGCUGCAGUUCCAGGGCUACGAUGUCAAGAUGGAGCAGUUGGAGCCGCUGCAGGCCGUCUCGUACUCGCUGAAUCAGAACUAUGCGCCGCACACCGAUUGGUUUACUUCGGCGACGCAGACGACGGCCGAGUAUGGUGGGAAUAGAGCUACGUCGUUUUUUGUGUACGUGGCGACGUCGGAGGAUAUCGUGGGUGGGGGUACGCAGUUUCCGCUCCUCGAUGCGCCGAAUAAUGAGAAGUGGUGCGAUGUUGUCAAUUGUGAUGCUGGGUGGGACGAAGGCGUGACGUUCCGACCGAUCGCGAGGAAUGCGGUGUUUUGGAAGAAUCUGAAGAAGGGGGCCAAGGGAAUGGUUGGCGACAGGAGGACUUUGCAUGCUGGCUUGCCAGUGCAAAGAGGAAGUAAACUGGGGAUGAACAUUUGGACACGGGAGAGGGAGUUGGAUAGCAAGUUCAGAGCCGGGUCCGCAUAGGCGAAGCGGUCGAGAUAUGUAUUGGAAAGUCGUAAUAUGUACUAGAAAAUUAUCAUACUGAUGCCAAUGGCUAAUGCACCAGAGAUCAUUCCACAUAUGGACAUGUACGAGAAAGAAGAUGCUG